AUGGGAAUUAGCUCCGACGGGAUGGCGACGGGGUUCGACGGGAACAGGGCAAUGACGAAGGGCUUUACGGAAACAGAGCUUGGCAGAGAGGAUGAGGCACCCUGGGUUGCUGAGUCGCGUCUCUUGGAUGGAGUUUGCACGGGCAACGAGCAGACGACGAAGAUACCGCCGGUUUCGGUCGUCGGAGUUUGGUUGGAUGAACGGAGGAGGGAUUGGCGGUGUGAUUCGUCGAGCUCGUGCAGCGGGCAGGGGAGAUACUUAGGUGUUGCUAGCUAG